GAAAUGGCUGAAGGAGGAACAACAUUAGAAUACACACCAACUUGGGUGGUGGCUUUAGUUUGUAGUGUAAUUGUUGUUAUUUCUCUAGCUGUUGAACGUCUUCUGCACUAUGUUGGCAAGGUGUUGAAGAAGAACAACCAGAGACCACUCUUCGAAGCCUUGCAAAAAAUCAAAGAAGAAUUGAUGUUGUUGGGGUUCAUAUCACUGUUACUGACCGUGUUUCAAAAUAUGAUAGCCAAAAUCUGCAUAUCUGAGGAAUUAGCAAGUAAAUGGUUGCCUUGCAAGAAAGAAAGAAAGGCAACCAUCAAUAUUACAGCUCAUUUUCAAUCUGUUUUCUCUUCUUUCCAUGGCAACGGCCGCCGCCUUCUCGCCGAGUCCUCAACCUCGGAGAGUUACUGUUCCGGCAAGGGGAAGGUGUCAAUAUUAUCAAUCACGGCACUGCAUCAUCUUCACAUUUUUAUCUUUGUGCUAGCUGUUGUGCAUGUCACUUUUUGUGCUCUAACCAUUCUUUUCGGAGGAGCAAAGGUUCGUAAAUGGAAACGGUGGGAGGAUUCUGCUUUUAAAGGCCAACAUGAUCUGCCAGAGGUUCAAAGAAGAAUAUAUAUCCAUCUCCAAGAUCAUGAUUUCAUCAAGAAUCGUUAUGAGGGUCUCGGAAAUGGCUAUGCUUUGCUAGGCUGGUGGCAUUCAUUUUUCAAGCAAUUCUAUGGAUCUGUCACAAAAUCAGAUUACACCACCUUGCGGCUAGGCUUCAUUAUGACUCAUUGCAGGGGAAAUCCAAAGUUCAAUUUUCAUAACUACUUGAUGCGUACCCUUGAAGCCGAUUUCAAGAAAGUUGUUGGAAUAAGCUGGUAUCUUUGGCUAUUUGUUGUCUUUUUCUUGUUGCUGAAUGUCUAUGGCUGGCAUACAUAUUUUUGGAUAGCAUUUAUACCUUUUAUUCUUCUACUUGCUGUGGGGACUAAGUUGGAGCACAUAAUAACCCAAUUAGCGCAUGAGGUUGCUGAGAAACAUGUUGCAGUUGAAGGAGAUUUGGUGGUUCAACCUUCUGAUGAUCACUUCUGGUUCAAUCGGCCUCGGAUUGUUCUCUUUCUCAUUCAUGUCAUUCUUUUCCAGAACUCUUUUGAACUUGCAUUUUUCUUCUGGAUUUGGCUUCAAUAUGGCUUUGACUCUUGCAUAAUGGGACAAGUUCGUUUUAUCAUUCCCAGACUUGUUAUAGGGGUGUUUAUCCAGUUCAUUUGCAGUUACAGUACAUUGCCACUCUACGUUAUUGUCACACAGAUGGGAAGCUCAUUCAAGAAGGCAAUAUUUGAUGAACAUAUUCAUGAUGGACUGGUUGGGUGGGCUAGGCUGGCCAAAAAGAAAAAGACUACUAGAAAUGCUGCCACUGAAUCAAGCAAAGUUGGACUACACAAAGAGGAUUCCCCUGCUUUAAUUCAACUGGGAAAGCUAGGGAAGACUUCUGCAAUGGAAGGGAGUAAUGCAGGGGCUUAUAGUGAGCAAAAAUGAACAGCCUCGAAAUCUUGUAA